AUGAACCCACCACAAAGUCCCCCCUCACAGGCAAGCUCCCACUUUCAGCUUGAACCAAUUCCUGCAGCAAUACUGGUCGACAAAGAGGUGAAAAGGCGCGAUGCAAUCGCACUGUUGGGAGCCUGUAAGACAGGAUGCAAAGUAAUUGACGAGGAUGUCAUGUUAGGAGGCUUUGAACGCGGAUGUGUUAUGGGCAUCAGCGCAGAAGAUGAAGAGCUAGGGGUUCAGCUUGGUCUCCAGACACUUGCACAUUCGCUUUGUGAAGGCACGGUUGUUAGUGGUCUGCUCGUCACUCCCAGGCCUGCAAGCGUAAUGCUGGCCCGCUUGAGAGACGCGGUGAAGUCCGAACUCGAGGCCAAACGGUGCACAAAGGAUACUAUAAGGAUGAAAGCAAGACAAUGUCUUGAUAAAGUCAUGCUGUCUUGUGUAUUCGACAUGGAUGGUCUCUGGGAGGCACUGGCAGAUCUGGAUUACCAGGUGGUUGAACAGAAGGAUGGUGCGGUGCAGGACCAAGUGGCGGCAGACAUGGGACAACAUGAUACAACAUAUCAGUUUGACGAGAUCCAGGAUAGUCAGGAUGACGAUGAUGAGGCCUUCUCCCCCAUCCAUCAAGCUUCACAGCCACUGGCAGAGGAGCCGUGUAACCAGACGCAACGGCACCCAGACGUUAUCGUCAUUACGCAUUUCUCAUCCCUUCUGACUGGUCUCUUCUUUCACCGCGAGAAGUCGGCAGCGCAUGCCGCGCUUCAGCUUUUGAACUCACACCUCCGCGAUCUCUCGCGCAAUCUAUCAUCGAAGCCACUUAUCCUUCUACUGAACUCGACAUCAGCAGUAUCCUCGGGUCCAGCACUCGCAACCGCAGCGUCGCCAGCGAAGCAAAGCCAAGUUGAUCCAACACUACGAUCUAUCUUCAACCCGCCACCAUUAACCGGCUACAGUGCCCGGCGCACGAAACCGAACUUUGGUCUGAUAUUUACGCAGCUACUGGACUUGCAUCUACUAUGCACAAAGAUCCCAAAGACAAGGCAGGAUGCUGAGGGAGCAGUGAGGCAACUUCCUGGGGACGAGAUCGAGAUGGCAUGGGUCGUGGAGGUGUUGUUGGAUGAGCUGGGCGUCUGGGAAGGUCAUACAGGAGCCAGGUCGGGAAGGGAGCAGAGAUGGGCGGCUGUGAAAGUUGAAAAGGGAAGAUUUGAACAAGCAAUCGAUGAAAGGGAGCCUGAGGCUCAAAUCCCAAAUAUAAGCGACGCGAGAGUUGCAGCCCGCAUAUCAAUCAUUCUAACACCCGAUGCUUUCCCAGGCGAAGCACUCGCGCAGUGUCUCCAAGAAUCCGACUGUGUCAUGGUUGAGCGCAACAGCGCCGCCGACUGCCUCCGCGAGCCCCUCGUCAACACCCUCCCGCUCAAGUGCCGACAGUUGAAGAAGGGCUUCGGCGAGUGCAAGCGUGGCAUGGUGGACAUGCGUAAAAGAUUCCGAGGCAACAUGCCCGUGGCAUACCGCACGAUGGAACAGGCCGAGGAGGGUCAAGGAUACCAACUCUACGCCGGACGCCCGGCAUUUGCGGGCGGCGUCAAGAAGACAGACGGAAACGAGCCCAUUCCUCAAGAUUGGAGAGAAGUCGAGAAUGAGAAGUGGAAGGCAGAACAGGCGGCAAUGGAGCAGCAGAAGAAGUGA